AUGGCGCUGCUUUCGGGCUUCUGCGACCUGGCGCACAUGCCGAAGACUUCCGCGGCCGCGAGGCAUCGCGCCAGGCUCGCCAGUCUUGUGAUCACUGUGCUCGUGAUGCCGGUGCAAGCGGUGCUGGAAGUUGGUGUGCACUUCUCGAGUACGGUCCGACUUCUCCAUCUUGUUCUGCUCCCCAGCGCUCUGUGCUUGGCCUGGCACUUCCGGUCCCAGUUGGAAAGCAACAUCCCCUUCAUCUGGCACGAUGCUCACGCAAGCAACUUGCUUCUGACUGCUAUGUUCUACGUGAUCGUUACAUUCCAUCUGCUUCCAUUGCUUCUACGUGGGUCUGCGGAGGAACUCGUUGACAGCUUGGCUCUGAAUGUUGCGGGGUACUUUACAGUUUACCUGCCGCUCCUGGAAAACGCAUUCGUGCCCACUUGCUUGAUCAGCGUCUACGGAGUCAUCGCAUCUGCUCUUUCUCUCAAGGCUGGUGCGCAGCUCACAACUGGAGUCUACAUGCUGUUGAGCAAGCUUUCCUUAAGCGCAGCUGUGCUGUCCUCCGAGGGGGGGCUAAUUAGUAUGAUGGGUCGGAUCCUUUUGUGGCAAUAUUCGUACGUGAAGUCUGUCGUGCCACGUGCCCGUGAUUGGGUGUAG